AUGGUUGAUAUAAGUUUUUUCACUAAGAAGCUGUUAGUACAUCCACUGCAGCUGACACCCCAAGACCUGCAUCAAGCGAUUGGGUUGAUUGUCGACACAUUAGCGGCGGACAAUACAGUUGACGCGGAGACAUAUGUUCCUAUCGGGAGCUUUCUGUCAUGUUUGCGAGCCAGCGGCCUUGAUCACCGUGCUGAAUACAUCGCCGAGGCAGCAAAAGCAGUUUUAAAGUAUUCCGAUGUAGUCAAGUCUACUGCCAAUGACACCGACGACGUGAUCAUCGAUAUCGUCGGAACAGGUGGAGACGGACAGAAUACGUUCAACGUCUCGACAUCCUCUGCGAUUGUGGCAUCAGGUAUUCCAGGCAUCAAGGUUUGCAAGCAUGGUGGUAAGGCGUCAACCUCAAAUAGUGGCGCCGGAGACCUGAUCAACGUCUUGGGAUGUGACUCAUCAAAGGUUACAGCAAAGACUGUGCCGCAAUUGUGGGCAGAUAAUUCAUUUUUGUUCUUGCUGGCGCCCUAUUUUCAUGAUGGUAUGAAGCAUGUGGCCACGGUUAGGAAGCUGCUCAAAAUCCCCACGAUAUUCAACGUUUUGGGACCUCUUCUCCACCCUGUUGCCCACGUCCAAAAACGGGUACUUGGCGUCUACUGUCGCGAGCUCGGUUUAGAAUACGCACGGGCUGCGGCUCUUGUGUAUCCGGACAGUGAAACUUUUGUCGUAUGGGGCCACGUAGGUCUCGACGAAGUAUCUCCCACUGGCGUUACCACUGUUUGGCAUACGGUUCCAGGGAGCACAGAGAUUGCGUCCUUUGAGCUAGAACCAGCUCUUUUUGGAAUCCAAGAGCAUCCACUAAAGGAGUGCGUUUCACUAGGUCCCAGGCAGAACGCAGAAAUUCUUCACAUCAUUCUAAGUGGUGCGUACCAUAAAGGUGAGAAUUCGGUCUACGACUACAUUCUACUGAACACAGCAGUUCUAUAUUGUUUGAGCAGAGGCCAUAAGAACUGGAGAGAAGGUGUCGAAGCGGCUGAAAACUCGAUUCACUCAGGUGCUGCUUUGAAGGCCCUUCAGCAUUUUAUCGCCGACGUCCAGGGCCUAUAG